CGCGCAAAGUGCACUAUCGUUUAGUGAUCAUCCGCGCUCUCGUCUAGUUUUUCCGUGUCGCCCGAACAAUCACAACUCAGUCAUGGAGGGUUUCCUUCACCACAUGGCGCCUCAGUUCCUGCACCCAGCGCUGCAGAGCUUCGGCUGUGGUGCCUUCAGGCCCAUCGGCGCUGCAUUUCAUCCGUUAUACCCGGGCAAGGCGUUUGCAAGACAUCUGGGCGAACAGUACGCUCUUGGGCAUACCGUCGGACAAGCUCUAAGGAGUGUUCGCGACGAGACUGGCACUCCGCCGCUGUACCGACACAGCUACGUAGCGCGCGACGAUACGAGCUCCCCCGGCUCGGCCGCCUCCGCCUCCCCGCGCCCUUCGAAGGAUGACGAGCCCCCAGCCAGUGCCCCAUGCACUGACUCACACGACUUCUUUUCCCCUGACGGUGAGCGUAAGACAUCUUGCGGCGUAUGCGGCGCACGGCUGGGGCCCGGCGUCGCGCAAGCUCACUUCCUGCAGGAGCUGCAGCACCUGUACAGCCUAAGUGCUCUCCCGAGGGAUGCCGCCGUGCCUUCCACCCAUUCAUUACAUCACCAGGAUGAAGAUGCUCGCUGGGAGACAUAUCAGCGUAUCCGCGCGAACCGUCAGCGUCGUCUAAAGUUGCGCACACGCAAGCGUCACCACACGGUGGAGAGCAUGCUCGGCUAUGAGCUGGAAGAGGAGCGGCGUGAGGAGCGGCCGCGGGAGCCGCGUUACGACGCUGAGGAUGAGCCGGUAGACGUCGAGGGUGACUCCCUCGGCUGGCCAGAAGCCGCCAUCAGUGUCGACGAUAAAGAUCAGCGAAACGAUGGAGAAAAGCUACACAUGAGCUAUACCGAGGACUUGGAGAUAUCGAGCACCAACGAUGCGAUGCAAUCGCCUGAACGCGUGAGGAUUGAGACUCCAAAGCCGCUACCGCUGGAGUGCAGCAAGGGCGAGCCAGCUGAGCGGCCGGCGGAAGUGUCGACAUCGGAGUGGGCGCCGGCAGACUGGCCUGCCUUGCAGGAUCCGUACCUCCACGCCAGGCACAAGCCCGAAGGAGAGAAUCUACCCUCUUCCACAGACACCCGGAACUAAACACAACACUAUCAAAAAUAACAACUCACCAACAAGAUAUACCAACUUAACAAAACGAAAAAACAUUCAAUAUCCACUCAUCAUUAGAUAACAACUCACCAACUCGAAAUACCAACUCAAAAACAUCGGAUUAGUUAGAUCGGAGUUAUGGUGGGUUUCCCUGCUACGUUUAACUAAUCAUUAGUGUUUUUGGUUCGAUAAAUUCAUGAAAUGCAUUUCCGAACUUCGGUAGCUUGAGUUUUACUCCGAUGAAACUAAUAAUAAUCGCUAGGUAAUGGCAAAAUAAGUGGAAACUUCAGAAACCUAGCAUUAGUAUGCACCUGUUCCAAAUCAAAAAUCAACAAGUUAAAUCUUUCAUAGUUUAAUAUUUCCCAUGAAAUAUUGAUAAAAAAAUUUAGAUCCACCAUCGUUUUGAAGUCGGUUGA